AUGUUCACCCGGGGAUCAAAAAAGCGACGUUCGAAUCGUUCGCCUGAGGAGGCAGAGGAUCCUGACAGAGGGCAGCCCUGUAUGCGCUGUGGAGAACAGUGUCCUGGUUUCCGCGUACACGGAUGGAGGAAGAUUUGCGUUCACUGUAAGUGUGUGCGAGAGGAGCAUGCUGUGCGUACAGUGCCAGGCCAACUGGAGAGGAUGAUGAUGAAGAUGGUGUCAGACUUCCAGAGGCACUCCAUUUCCGACGACGAUUCAGGAUGUGCCUCUGAGGAGUACGCAUGGGUUCCACCUGGACUGAAGCCUGAACAGGUGUAUCAGUACUUCAGCUGUAUUCCAGAGGACAGAGUACCAUACGUGAAUAGUCCAGGGGAGCGGUAUCGCAUUAAACAACUGCUGCACCAGCUGCCUGCCCACGACAGUGAGCCGCAGUACUGCAACUCUCUGGACGAGGACGAGAAGAAGGAACUGAGGCUGUUUAGUCAGCAGAGGAAGCGAGAGAACCUGGGCAGGGGAAUUGUUCGCCUCUUCCCCGUGACCAUGACUGGAGCCAUCUGCCAACAGUGUGGCAGACAGAUCUGUGGGGGGGACAUAGCAGUGUUUGCCAGUCGGGCGGGGCACGGAACAUGCUGGCACCCCCAGUGUUUCCAGUGUGCCACGUGUAAUGAGUUACUGGUGGAUCUUAUCUACUUCUACCAGGACGGGCAGAUCUACUGUGGGCGCCACCACGCCGAACGCAUCAAACCCCGCUGCCAGGCCUGUGACGAGAUCAUCCUGGCAGACGAGUGCACAGAGGCGGAGGGCAGACACUGGCACAUGAAGCACUUCUGCUGUUUUGAGUGUGAGACUGCACUGGGAGGUCAACGCUAUAUCAUGAGAGAGAGUCGACCCUACUGCUGCUCCUGCUACGAAUCGCUCUACGCCGAGUACUGCGACACCUGCGGAGAACACAUAGGUAUAGACCAGGGUCAGAUGACAUAUGAGGGUCAGCACUGGCACGCGUCAGAGGCUUGUUUCUGCUGUGCCCACUGUCGGCUGCCCCUGCUGGGUCGACCUUUCCUCCCGCGCGGGGGGCUUAUCUUCUGCUCGCGGCCUUGCUCGUUAGGCGAAGACCCCAACAACUCGGACUCGUGUGACUCGGCUCUCCAGAGCAAGCCAGCCUCGCACAAAACACACCAACGACAACAGCAACGGAACUCCCCUUCCCGAAGACCAGAGGGCUACCAGUCCGCUACCGCCACCAGCGUGACUAACACUUCCACUGGUACCUCCACUGCAACAGGGAAUGGAAAAGGAAAACUCUUUCUGUCUGAUAAUGGUGUCAACAGCUCACCAUCUCAUUUGUCAAAUGGUGUGGUCCUGUCAUAUGACAACCAUAUGGACACGUGCUCUCAAAGCUCCUACUCUUCCUCCCAACUCUCAAGUCACAUAGCCAAUGGCUGGCCAACCUCAGAGUGUGGUGGCCAAUCAAACGUCAGCGUGCUCCCCAGGACAGGCAGGACUGAGGAGCCUAACGGUGGCCUGCAGUUCACAGUAGAAAUAAACAGCUAUGAUGGUGAUUUUGAGCCAUCACAGCCAAGCUGCACAUCUAGAGGGACGUCGACCGUUAAAGACUGUGAGAACUGGGUGGAGAGGAAUAGUGCAGAGUAUGUUUAUGAGAACUCAUUUGAUGACACGCCGUGUCGCAUAGACGACUUGCCUCCUCCACCACCUUUCCUCUUGGAACCUCUCGAUUCGACGGUUCUUACCCCCCCUAGUGUUACACAACCAGAGCCCCCCGCUCCUGCCCCACCUCCGGGACGCAGCGCAGCCAGGGUCAGCUUCCGUGAGCCAAUCAGCUGUAGCUACUCAGUGGAGGAAGAUGAGGAAGAGGAGGAGGAGGAAGAAAAAGAAGAAAAGGACGAAGAACAGGAAGGAGAGGAGCCGAUGGGGGAUCUGGGUCGCAGAUUACGCCUGCGGGCCGGUAUCCGACCUCAAAUGGAUCUGCUGGACGGAGCAUAUCACCGCAGCUUCCGGCGAGGCGGAUACGGAGCCUCCGGUCGUAGCCGCGUGGGAUCGGAUACCCCUCUCCACCUGGGCACAGAGAGGCGCUUUCGCCGUUCCCGCUCAGAGCGGCCUCGUCUGGACGCGUUGGACUGGCGCGGGGAGAGGGAACGCGGAGCGGAACAAGCCAACGGUCUCACCCUGCAGCCAGCCCAUUACAAACACGAAGACUCCUGCUCCACCUGCUCCUCUUCCUCAGACUCCGAGGAGGAAGGCUACUUUUUAGGAGAACGCAUCCCUCUGCCCCCACAGCUGCUCGGCAGGACGGGCGGGGAGGAGGGUAAAGAGGGGGGGGCGGAGGAAGAGGAGGGACGGGGGAAAAGGGGCAGUCUGAGAAGGAGGAGGAGGACACAGAGCUUCAGUGGAAAGGACAAAGACAAAAACUGCGUGGUCUCCUGA